AUGGUCCUCUCGUUCAUCCUGAUUCAGAACCGGCAAGGUAAAACCCGCCUGGCGAAAUGGUACGCGCCAUAUAACGACGAAGAGAAGAUAAAACUAAAAGGCGAAGUCCACCGCCUCAUCGCCCCCCGCGACCAAAAGUACCAAUCCAACUUCGUCGAGUUCCGACAGAACAAGAUCGUCUACCGGCGAUACGCAGGCCUCUUCUUCUGUGCGUGCGUCGACGCGAACGAUAACGAGCUCGCGUACCUGGAGGCCAUACACUUUUUUGUAGAGGUGCUGGAUAGCUUUUUUGGGAACGUGUGUGAGCUGGAUUUGGUGUUUAACUUCUAUAAGGUCUACGCUAUUCUCGACGAAGUUUUCCUGGCGGGCGAGGUAGAGGAGACGAGUAAACAGGUUGUUCUUACGCGGCUGGAGCAUCUGGAUAAGCUGGAGUGA